AGACAUAUCAGAAAGAGAGAGAGAAAGAAAGAAAGAGAUUGCUUAGGUUAUAAUGAAAUAGUGAAUCAAGCAUCAAAAAGUUCAGAUUCCAAGGGCAGAUCUUGAAUGUUAUAAAGCUACUAUAUACACAUAAUAUAUAUAAUAGCUUAUAGACAUAAUACUAAUUUGCUUUUUUGAUGUAUACUAUAAUGAAUGUUUGUAUCUUUAUACCUUAAAAAAAAUACCAACUUUACAAUUUACAGGGUCUCAGCUAAGGAAGCAACUCAAUUAGAAGAUGAUAAGAUUUAAUGUCAUUUUGGACCCAUGAAGACUUGCUUUCUUAGGGGUUUUUUCAGAGUUGGGUCUGGCUAAUAUGCCUUAGGAUCUUGUUCUGAGAAUUGAAGAAGAAAUUCCAACCUUAUAAUUGAUUGUGGAAGAAAAAAUCAGAGUAAAUGGAUGAGAAAGUGGUCCCCAAUGCAAAGUCUUUAAUCCUAGAAGAUAAGAGUGAUGGCCUUUAUCCCAUGUAUUUUGGUGUUUCUUGUGCUUUUUUUGCUGUGAGACUCUUGUCAUUACCUCAUAAUAAUAUGGAAGAUGAAAAAUGGUGUGACAUUAGAGAAAAAAUGCUUCAAGGAAGUGCACAGCUCUUGGGGUUGCUUGUGUGGAGAGUUCAAAGAGAAGAGAGUGAGAAAAGUUCUGAACUUUUGCUUAAGCUUGAGAAUGCUGAGGCAGAAGUUACCGAGUUGAAGAGACUAAGGCGCGAAGAUGCAAAGGCGAAUGAGAAAGUUGUGAGCAUCUUUGCUGCUCAGGAGCAAAAUUGGUUGGUUGAAAGGAGGAAACUUAGGCAGCAUAUUGGUUCGUUGAUGAGCGAGUUGAGAUUUCUUGAGAAGAAGAAGGAUCAAGCGGUUUUGGAGAUGAAUGAAAAGUUUAAGGAAAUGGAGACUUUGUUGCAAAGUAAGGACAAGGCUUUGGAGGAAGAGAGUGAAAAGAGGAGAGAGUUAGAAGAGAAGAUUAAAGAUGGUGAGAGUUUGGUUGAAGAGUUGAGAGAAAAAGCGAAACAAGAAUUGCAGGAUCAUUCUUCUGAGCUUAGAAAGCACAAAACUGCAUUCAUUGAGCUUGUGUCAAAUCAAAGGCGUCUCGAGGCUGAUAUGAGUAGAGCAGUUAGGCAAGUUGAAGGGAAGAAGAGGGAGCUCGAUUCGGUGUUGAAGCAGAAGGAAGAAUCUGUUUUGAUGGUUCAGAAACUGUCUGGGGAGAUUGUGAAGAUGCAUGAUGAUUUGGAACAGAAAGAUAAGAUUCUAUCAGCAACAUUAAGAAAAUUCAAGAUGGAUUCAGCAGAGAAGCAAAUGCUUUUGAAAGAGGUUAAGUUGUCAAAAGCUAAAAGGAAACAAGCUGAGUUAGAAACAGAAAGAUGGAAGGCUGUUUCUGAGUCUAGACAAGAGAGGCAUUCACUUAGGAAUAUGUUGGCUAAACAAGUCAAUUCUAGUGAAAGAGGGCCAACAGGCUCAUCUCACUUGCACAUUGGCCACACCAAAUCACAACCAAGUGAUGUUCUUAUGGGGUUUGAGCAUGCUGCUGAUUUCAGCAAUGAAUCUGAUGGUUUUUCACCCCCUUAUGACAGCAACCGAGCUGAUGUUAAACAGGUUGAGAGUUGGGUUCGGUCAGAAGCAGAGAGGUAUGCUUCUGCAAUCGAACAAAGGCAUCGGAUAGAGAUUGAUGCUUUUGUAGAACAAUUGAGACUCAAAGAUGAGAAAGUAGAAGCUUUUAGAUGGAGGUUGUUAAGUAUGGAACUAGAGUCUAAAAGAUUACAAUCCCAUAUAGAGGGAUUGAACAAAGAAUUGGCACAACUCAGACAUAACAACAUGAAGAUGGGAGCAUUGUUAUCAGAACGCGAAGAAGAACUAAAUUCCAUGAAAGAACAGUUUGUGGCUCAUCUAAGGUCAUUAAAUUUUCAGAAGAACAGCUUCAAUUCAAGCUCACAAGACUCAACAACAUCAGCAUAUGAUGAUCAUGCCAGUUGCUCACAACAACUUAACUCGAAAGAGCAAGAAACAAAGACAGUUUCCAUUGAAAUGUCAGCAGAGGAAGGCACAGAUGAAAAUCCAUCUGUUGUUGAUGAUCAGUCAAGAAGAACAGAUAUGGUUUUGACAGUACAAUCUCCUGACAAAGAGUUUGAUGAACAGAAAGAGUUUGUUUCGCAUGAAGUUCUACCCGAAGGGGGAAGUUUAUCAGAAGGAGUAGAUGGUGGCGAGAAGUUGAAAACAAAAUCGGUUACUCAAAAAAGUUUGAGCAGAACAAAUAGCUCUCAAUGGCGAAUGGAUCUUCAUGCUCUCGGUGUCGCCUACAAGCUCAAGAGGCUGAAGCAACAGCUUGUUAUGCUUGAAAGUUUGAGAGGAAAGCAAGAAAGUGGUGAAGAUAAUAAGGAAAAAAGCAACAAUAAUAAUGAUGGAGAAUCUGAUUUGAAAAGUGUAAUAUCAUUAAUUUCUUUGCUGAACAAACAAGUUGGAAGGUACCAAUCUCUCCAAACCAAGGUUGAUGAUCUUUGCAAAAGGAUGCAUGAUAGUGAUCUAGAGCUAUACAGAAGAGACUCCAACACAACAAGAACAAAAGAAAAGACCAAAAAACUAGAGCACUUCUUAGAAGAAACAUUUCAGCUUCAAAGAUACAUUGUUGCAACAGGACAGAAACUAAUGGAAAUUCAAUCCAAGAUUAGUGCUGGUUUAGCAGAAGAUGUCAAGGACCUUGGCGAGCCUGUAGGAAGCUUCGACAUGAAACGCUUCGCUGAUGCUGUUAGAACGCUCUUCCAUGAUGUUCAACGAGGUCUCGAAGUUAGAAUAGCUAAAGUUAUUGGAGAUCUUGAAGGUACAUUGGCUUGUGAAGGGAUGAUAUGCUUGAGAAGGUAGUAAUUAAUAUAAAAAUUAGUAACAAAGAAAGAAAAAAAAACAUUGAAGGUUUGAUUAGAGUUUUGUACUGAUUAAUGUAAUUUAAAAAAAAAAUGUAUAGGAAAAUUACACAUAUUUGUUAAUGCAAUAAAGUCUUGUUCUAGUCUUAUGUGGUACACACAUUCAGUUUGAGUAGAAAAAGAAAAGACAUUAUUUUCUCUCUUA